AUGUUAUUAGCUGUUUUACGAUUAUUAAAUAAAUCGAAAGUCUCCAUUCGACAUUCAUCAUAUAUUCAAGGUCAAGCACCACCUGAUCGUUCAGAUAUUCGAGAAUAUUUUUAUUAUAUUGAUUCUUUUGGACAGUUAUUCUUAGAUGAUACUCGAUUCAAGAAUUUCACUUCAUGUUAUAAAGAUCCAAAAUUUCUACAUUUUUUCUUUACUCGUGUUCAAGCUAAUACAUACAAUGAUCGCCCCUAUUCUUCAACAUUUCCAUAUGUAUCUUUAUGUGGUCGUGAACGUAAUUUUAUUCGUUGCGCUGAUGUACCAUUCGUUUUAACUCGAUUGAUUGAUGAUAAUGAUCUAUUUGAAUGUUGUCAUAUACCAUCAACAAUAUUUUCCAUUCAAUUUCAACCUGAAAAACUUUAUGUUAAACCAGAUACAGGACGAAUUUAUUAUCCAUUAUCAGAAAAAUUUCAUACUGGUAUUGCUCUUAUUAAAGAUGCUAUUGCUGAACAAUUGAGUUCUCAUCUUAUAUACGAUGAUAAAAUCGAUGGUUUACCUAUUAGUAUUACAUGGAAAGGAAAAAUAUACGAACUAAAAAAAGAUAAUCAAAUAGAAAAACUUGUUUAUGAACAUAGUAAAUUUGAAAUAUAA